GAGAGAGGGCAAUUGGGGAGGGAGUCGGUGGGUGAAGUGAAAGGGUGGAGGGAGGAGAGGUAAGUAUAUAAGACUUGCUCUGAGGAAUUAGGAAUUAUUUCUCAGGAAAAAUAGACUGAUAUCGCCUCACUUCAUACUUAAUCCAAGGCCAAGACAAGAGUCCCAAAGAUGAAGAGCCUUCUUCAACUUCUUGCACUCUGUGCUCUGCUCUCACUGUGUCUCUCUCUUGACGGAAGGAGAACUACCGGGUCAAAUUCAGACUCCAAUGAAAGCACAGAAUCCAGUGAAGAUGUGUUUGUGGCUCCGAGACGAGCCAAUUCCUUCAUCACGCCACAGAGACACACCGUAUACAACUUACCCAGAGGAAACGGCUACAACAGUUACUUUAUGAGUCGGAGGGUAAAGAGUCCUGCAGAGAGACGUGCGGAGACCUGCGAGGAUUACUCUCCCUGCCGCUACUUUGCCUAUCACCAUGGUUACCAGGUGGCCUAUCGGAGAUACUUUGGGACCCGCGUUCCAGAGCCGAGUACUGGGAGACGCGUUUCACAGCAGAGGAGACCAUCUUCAGCUCGUCGAUAUUAAACACACUCCCCCCCGUGCACAAACAACAGUCAACCAACAAAUGCAAAAAUCUCUACGACAUUCGGAUAGCUGUUUCCAACAGACACAUUUCAACAGGGACUUAUUAUAUAUGAUUUAAAUUAUAAUGGUGGCCUCUUCUGGAUGUGGUCAUUAUUUUUAUGAUGAAUUCCCCCGUACAUGACAACGCAUCAUUAUUCACGCUUCAUUGUUUGUAUAAGUGGAGCAAGAACGGCUUUAUCCAACAAUCACAUCUUCCCGUCUUAAGAUGUCUGCGUUCAUGUUUUGCUCCUAGUAUAUAUAUAUAUAUAUAUAUUAACUAUUUACUCCUUUAACCGCACGUCAUUACUAUUCAUGAUCCACCCGCAGCUCUGCUGUCAGUGAGAAAAUAAAAAUAUUUUAUUUUA